CAGCAGAUUUGAGGGUGAAAACACAAAAAGAAAUAAUGGCGCAAACGUUUUUGGAGCCCUUUUCAGUGUCGGGGAUGGAUUGUCAGACUGCGGUGGCAGUUCAGUCUCUGUUGGAAUCUACAGUUAGUGAAGCUUCUCCAAUUGACGAAGAGGAUGUGUUCCAGUGUGGAAAGUGUAAAAAACAGUUCACAUCACUUGGUGUCUUUGUAAACCACAAACAGAGUCGAUGUGUGGCCCAGAAAACCCUCCAGCAGAUGACAAAUGCCAUUUGUAGUGCUGUCAACACUGUACCAGUAUCUUCCAGCUUAAUCCAAAAUGUCAACAAAGGGCCACAACUUAUACAGACAUCGUACACACCACAGACCUCCAUUACACAGCUACCACAGAACAUGGUUCUCACAGAUGACUUGAUGUCCUUUGCCAACGUUGACACAUCAGCAAUACAACUGCAAGCCUCCAAUUUACAAUCUGCUGGCCCAUUCCUGUCCCAGGUUGCCACCUUUACAUCCAGGUCACCAAAUAAUGUUACCAUUCUUAGUCCUGUGACCACAUCACUGCCUUCUAGUGGCUCUGCCUUCACCAGCACUGUCCAUUCCACCAAUCAGAUUCACCUGCAGCCAGUCCAGCAGCAAAUCACCUUGACAACUCUACCUGAGAAACCUAUAGCUCCUAAUGUGGGCAACAUAGCUAAACCAAGCCCAACUAAGGCAGGUAGAAAAUCAGCCCAAGCAAGCCUUGUAACAGUGGUAUCAGCAGAUUCUCUGGUGAAGCUAAAACGCAGCAAAAAUGGUAACAUGGUGUUGGAUGAGAAGAAAAAACUUCGCUGUAACUACUGUGAUAAAACAUUUGCUAAAAACUUUGACCUUAACCAACAUGUGCGUGCACAUACAGGGGAAAAACCUUUUCAGUGCAUUGUAUGUGGACGAGCCUUCGCACAGAAAUCUAAUGUCAAAAAGCAUAUGGCCACCCACAAGGUAUGGCCAGCAGGAGCAGGGUCCACCCUACCAAACCAGCCAUCACCCCUGUUGAUUGAAGAAGACGAGCCUUCUCUUGAAUCCACGCUAGACCCACCCCCUUCAGAGGAAUUGAACCAGAACCAAUUGAUGACCCAUGAAGAUUCUCUUGCUCAUGUCACUGAUGUCCCACAGGUGGUUGUCAUGGAUAAUAGCCCUAUAGUGGAUCCAUCUGUGGUAGAUCCAUGUGCAUUACAAGACUCGGGACAGAUGCUUGAGGAUAAGGUGACCACCAGCACAAUGAAUACACAACAACCAGAUGAUGCAGAAAAUACCAAGGUGAAGGUGGUAGUAGACAACUCCUACCUGUGUCAGUACUGUUGUGCUAAGUUCAGGACUUAUUUCCAACUCAAGACACAUAUGGUUCAUCACAAGGACCAACAGGUAUAUAAAUGUGUGGUCAAGGAAUGCCAAGACACCUUCAAAGACCUUGACUCAUUCUUAGAGCACAUAAAAUCACACGAGGAAGAUAUGACUUACAGAUGUCACAUGUGUAACAAGUUCUUCCCAACCUUGUAUGACCUUGGUGUCCACCAGUAUACUCACAGCCUUUACCCAAAUCAGGGUAUCAAACCUGGCCCAAGACAUUUCCAGUGCACUAAGUGUAUGAACAAGUACUCAACGCCAGAAGCCCUGGAGCAUCACUUGGCAACCUCUACCCACAAUCACACUUGUCCACACUGUGAUAAAACAUUCACUUGUGAAAGAUACCUGAGGCGUCAUCUUCCUUCUCAUGGAUCUGAAGGACAGUUCCAAUGUCCAACUUGUCACAAGAGGUUUAAGGGAGAGCAUUACCUUAAAAUGCACAUGCUGAUCCACAGUGGGGAGAAACCAUUCCAGUGUGAUAUCUGUUCUGCUUCAUUUAAUCGGAAAGACAAACUCAAAAGGCAUAUGCUAAUACACGACUCUAACAAACGUUACAGAUGUCCCUUCAAAGCUCUCACAGGUUGUCAGAAAGAAUUUAAUCGUCCAGAUAAGUUGAAAUCACACAUUCUAACACAUAGUGGAAUUAAGCCCUACAAAUGUCGUGAGUGUGGACGUUCGUUUGGCCGAAAACCACAUCUGAGAGAGCAUGAGCGUGGUCAUCGCGCAGACUUCAAAUUUAAGUGUGAAACCUGUGGAAAAGGAUUUUUCAGACCAAAACUUUUUCAGUCUCAUAAAUGUCACCCUUUAAAGCCUGGUCAGGCCCAUGUCUUUAAACCUCGAAACAAAAGGAAAGUUGGCCGUCCUAAAAAAAGAGUUCCCUCAGAAGCUGAUAGUGUCCGAGUUGAAAAUACCAUGACACUAGAUAAUAAAGAGGAAAAGUCCUCAGCAAGGCCAGACGAUACAGGAGAUGCACAUAAUGUGAUAGUUCAGGAAGAAAAUACUAAGAACGGGUCAAGUGGUAUGUAUGUGAAUGAGCAACUAGUGAGUAUGAACGACCAGGAACAAGGGGGAGAACUAUCAACUGCACCUGCAAAACGUACAUCUCGAAGCAGUAACAUAACUCCAACAGGCAAAAAACCAGAAUUUUGUGUAAAAGUGAGUGCCCCUCCUCCUGUUCCUCCUCCUGUAGCACCUAGGUAUGUUACUGUGCACAUACAGAACAGUAGCACUGCCACAGGCCAAGAUAUCCAGACACAUUUAAUGCCACACCCCUCCCAGCAACUUGUUACACACCAAACUGGAACCAAUGCUAACAUGCAACCUAUCACUAUUAUAGAGGCCCAGCAUGUACCAAUGCAUCUUCCCAUGAUGACAGGGCUUGAAAACAACGCUGUAGAACCCAUCACAAUGCAAAUGGCAACUGUCAGUGGUGCAGAAACUCUGGCACAGACAGUCACUGCUGUGGGAGGGGUUGUGAGUGAACUGAUCCCAGUAGCUGUGGCCAUGCAGGAUAACACAGACUCAAUAGUUGCUACCCAGGUGGUGGUCACAUCUAAUGGAGGGAGUGACCAAGGCUACAUCACUUGUCCCACCCAUCUGGAUGACUAUGGACCAUCAGAUGGGGAUCUAGUGUUACAGGGAACAGACAAUUUUCUCAAGGCCCAUGCGGACAUGUACCAGUCAGCUCAACAGUAAUCUUUGGUGUCAUAUUUUUUCUUUUUCUUUGUUAUUAAGAUAUCCUUUUUUGUUGUUAUACAAUUGUGAUAUUCAAUUGAAAUUUCUCCUUAAUGAUGAUUGAAACUGCAGCACUUUAAUCAAGAUUAUAUUGCUACUUGAGAGCAUUAAGGAACCAGAUCAUAUUGCAGAUAAAAUGGUCGCAGGUACCAGAACAUACUGCAGAUAAAAUGGUCACAGGUAUCAGAACAUACUGCAGAUAAAAUGGUCACAGGUACCAGAACAUACUGCAGAUAAAAUGGUCACAGGUACCAGAACAUACUGCAGAUAAAAUGGUCAGAGGUACCAGAACGUACUGCAAAUAAAAUGGUCACAGGUACCAGAACAUACUGCAGAUAAAAUGGUCACAAGUACCAGAACGUACUGCAGAUAAAAUGGUCACAGGUACCAGAACAUACUGCAGAUAAAAUGGUUACAGGUACCAGAACAUACUGCAGAUAAAAUGGUCACAGGUACCAGAACAUACUGCAGAUAAAAUGGUCAGAGGUACCAGAACAUACUGCAGAUAAAAUGGUCACAGGUACCAGAACAUACUGCAGAUAAAAUGGUCAGAGGUACCAGAACAUACUGCAGAUAAAAUGGUCACAGGUACCAGAACAUACUGCAGAUAAAAUGGUCACAGGUACCAGAACAUACUGCAGAUAAAAUGGUCGCAGGUACCAGAACAUACUGCAGAUAAAAUGGUUACAGGUACCAGAACAUACUGCAGAUAAAAUGGUCACAGGUACCAGAACAUACUGCAGAUAAAAUGGUCACAGGUACCAGAACGUACUGCAGAUAAAAUGGUCUUAGGUACCAGAACAUACUGCAGAUAAAGAACGAGAAUAUGUUCAGUUUUCUGAAUAGCUGUAACUUCAUUGUGUUGAAGUGCUUUAAAUAUGUAUUCAACAUUCAUUGCAUGCAAUAAAAAAAACUACUACUAUGCAUCACUCAAUGUUUACCUUCUUGUUGAGUAAAUAGACUCGUCCUGGUUACUAAUUUAGAUACAGAUGCAAGGAAUAAUUUUAACAUGUAUCUAAAUAUAGAAUAAGGCAGUAUUUUGUGGUAUGCUCAUAUUUAAGUAUGACUAUAAUGAAGGAACCUUGUGGAUGAAAUUUUGUGCAUACAUCUUUAAGCAUUUUACAGAUUUUACAUAAUGUUGAUACAUAAUUGAUCUUUAUAGAUGUAAAAUUAUUUUUCAUGAAGCAAAGAGUUAAUGAAACAAAACAAAUGGUAGUUAGUGAAAUAGUCAAAUAAUAGUAAUUGAUGUCAGUAAGUAAAUGAAGAAGGUCCAAUGUCUUAUCUUAACAGAGAGAAACAUCCUUAUACAUGUAUAAAUAAAAAGCAAAGUAGAUGUCAUUGUUUUUGGCAAAUUUUUGUCUGUUAAACUUUUUACAUUAAUUGAUAAAUAAACACCUUAUUUAAAACUGUAAGAUAUGUGGUAUGGAUAUUGGUGUAUUUUACUAAUGUUUGAAAUGGAUCGUUAUAAUAAAUUCAGUUAUUGAUCAUAAUUCUAAUGAAAUAAAUUCCUCAAUCACUUUAAACUAAAAUUGAAAUAAUUAUCCAGAAUUUUAAAUUGAAUGAUAGACUGAUUUUGUUGAUACAGGUGUGUCUGAUUGUUAUGAUUGGAGUUUGAUAAGUUACCCUAUUUGUGGAGACUUGUGGAAUCUUUCUCUCCCUUAGAAGUGAGAUUGGAGGAACUCCGACCCUUGAGGAAAUGUCAUUAAGUUGGCAAUGACAAGGCUAGCAGGGCGUUUGUAACUUUAUCAUAUUUCCUUGAUGUUUGAGAUCUCUCGAUCAGGAAAAGGGUGAAUGUUUCUUAGUGUUUUUGUUGCCCCAAUGUUUUGCAUUAUUGACUUGACAAAUCAUGGAUGUGAAAUGCUUAACUCUUCCAUAGCAACCCAAGGGUGUAACAUGGAAACUCCACUUAUAGAAGUGUGGAUAGGCUUGUCUAGUGCGAGGCAAAUUUAUUGUCCAGCUGGUGUUCAUCUCAAUUUUGUCAUCUUCAAUGUAGGAAAAAAAACAACUUUAUCCUUGCAACCCAGAAUAUAGAUCAAGGCCAUUUAAUUUUUGAAAACUAAUAGCUACCUGUCUCUUUUGCUGAUCAACUAUUGACAAAUUGCUUAGUAGUUUACUUUGUGACUGACUUUGAAAGUGCAGAUGAAUGCACAAAGUUGAUGACCAGUCAUCCCAGCAUGUUUCUGAUAAAAUGGUGAUUCCAUAUUGAUUAUACUCAUUUACCCUUGGAUAUGUAAAAUUAUCACAAAAACAUAAAAUAAAAAGUUGAAAUCUAAUUACUUGUGCUUUUGACAUGAAGAUUAUUUUUUUACAGAGCAUGAAAAGAUCUAAUAAUGGUGGGUGUCUGAUUACUUUUGUGAGAUUUUGAUAUGUGUUGUUGUAUUCACCUGGAAAGACUGCAUCUCAUAUAUUUUGUAUCUCAUUUAUCGAGUCCUAGCAAAUGGAAUAGUCAUGGGAACAGGUGUAACUGUACAAAUCCAGUACAAGUAAGAUUUGAAAUUAUCUAACUUUAAAAUUUAUGAAGUUAUUUACAUAAAAGCUGGUGCAAGUUCAACAACCGCUGUUCUAUCUUGAUUGUUACCUUUUUGUAUUUGGACGAGUAUGAUCCUUUCAAUAUCUAUAGAAAUCGGUAAUGAAAUCAUUUUAUACGAAGGUUCAUCACCUUAAAAUUUUGAACUGUUCACUUGAACUGUCACCCGAUCCUAUUUUGGUUGUGACCCUUUGACUUUUGUUGUAUGUACACCAUCAUGAAUGCAUUAUUAAUUCUGAAAUCUGAUUUUGAGGAUCACAGUGACUCGUUAACAUAUCUAGUAGUUAUUGUAGUCACAUGUGAUUCUGGUGAUACAGCAUCAUUAAAGAAUCAAACUAUUUAUGAAGUGUUCUGCAAUUGAUUUUCAAAAUUCAUUAGGAGUUUUCUACCAUUUUUAUUAUUUCUUUAAAUUUUUUUCUUGUGUUUUGAUAGUUAGCAAGUCAUUUAACAGAAUAAGUUAUAUGCUAAUGAUCAUGGAAGUAACUAAUUAAU